AUGGCUACCAAGGCUAGUUUGGAGAUCACAAAGGGGGGCUCACUCGUUGAGCCUACCAUGGUCAAUGAGAGCAACUCUCCAGACUCUGACCCCGAGGAGUCCACCGAUCUUCUUCACCCAUUCCCAACCGAGGAGGAGUGGAAGACCCUCCCUCGCGUUGCAGGCAGCAUCCCAUGGACCGCCUGGACGGUCGCCUUUGUCGAGUUUGUUGAACGCUUCUCGUACUAUGGCACCAGCGCUGUCUUUGUCAACUUCAUCCAGAAGCCCCUCCCUCCUGGCUCCAACACCGGCUCCGGCUUCCUCAAGACAAGCUCUGGUGCCCUCGGAAUGGGCCAGAGAGCGUCCACGGGCCUCACUACCUUCAACCAGUUUUGGUCGUACUUUACUCCAUUGAUUGGCGCAUACCUGGCAGACACGUACUGGGGCCGCUACCUGACGAUUCAAUAUUCUAACUGGGUCGCGCUAUUCGGUCACAUCGUUCUCAUCAUCUCGGCCAUCCCGCCCGUCAUCGUCCACCCCAAGGCCGCCAUUGGUAUAUUCUCGGUUGGUCUUGUCAUCAUGGGCUGCGGCACUGGCGGCUUCAAGUCCAACAUCUCGCCCCUCAUUGCCGAACAAUACAAGGACUCCAAGGCCUACGUGCGAGUGAACAAGCGCGGCCACAAGGAGAUUGUCGACCCUGCAGUGACGACGGCCAGAAUCUACAUUUACUUCUACCUGCUCAUCAACAUGGGCUCGCUGACCGGUUCCCUGGCCAUGGUCUACUCGGAGCACUUUGUCGGUUUCUGGCUCUCCUACACCCUCCCGACAAUCUGCUACCUGCUGUGCCCAAUCAUCCUCUGGUACUUCAAGAAGUCGUACAAGCUCUCUCCACCAACGGGUUCGGUGAUGGGCAAGGGCUGGAAGCUGAUCAGAUACGCCUCCAAGAGGAGCAACGGCUGGCGCGACCCCGAGUUCUGGAACCGCGCCAAGCCCAGCGAGAUCCGAGCCCGCGGCGAGACACCGCCCGCAUGGAUGACCUUUGACGAUGCCUGGGUCGACGAGGUGAAGCGUGGUGUGCUCGCCUGCAAGGUCUUCCUGUGGUACCCUCUGUACUGGCUCGCCUACAACCAAAUGACCAACAACCUCGUCUCCCAGGCCAGCACCAUGGUUCUCGGGUCGACCCCCAACGACAUCGUCUCCAAGCUCAACCCCAUCUUUAUCAUCAUCGUCAUUCCCCUCAUGGAUUUCAUCAUCUACCCGGCCCUCACCAGGAUGGGCGUCGUUCUCAGCCCUAUCAAGAAGAUCACCGCUGGCUUCGUCCUCAGUUCUUUUGCCAUGAUCUCUGCCUGCGUCACCCAGUACUACAUCUACAAGCUGUCCGCGUGCGGAAACGACAUCAACGCCCAGGUCAAGGCCGGCCGCAAGGACUGCACUGCCCCCAUCACCGUCUGGAUCCAGGUUUUCCCCUACGGCUUGGUGGGUAUGUCUGAAGUGCUGGCAUCCAUCACCAAACUCGAAUACGCAUACACCAAAGCGCCCAAGAACAUGAAGUCCACCGUCCAGGCCAUCGCCCUCUUCACUUCAGCCGUUUCCUCCGCGCUCGGACAGGCUCUCGUCGGUCUGUCGGAGGAUCCUCUGCUGGUGUGGAACUACGGAACUGUUGCCAUCAUUGCCAUGAUUGGUGGUAUCGGAUUCUACAUGACCUUCCGCAAGGCUGACAGAGAUGAGGAUGCCCUGAACAACCAGGAAGAGAGUAACUUCAUUGGAACCAAUGACGGCGCCCCAGAAGAGAAGGUGGUGGAUCUGAAGGUUGAUGAGAAGCAGGAGAUUAAGGAAACCAAGGAGACUAAGGAGACUGCUGUCGUGUAG